AUGGCUGCUACUGCAAAAUCCGCCGUUUAUUUGCUGCUUAUUUUGUCAUGCUUUUGCACCCUUUCGAUGGUGAAGGGUAAUACCCUCGGGAUUUGCCGAUUCGACAAAAUCUUUCAGUUAGGAGAUUCGAUUUCGGACACCGGAAAUUUGAUCCGUGAGCGACGGGUGGGGCCCGCCACGAGAACAAUUGAGUUGGGGGCAAAGAGGGUUGUGGUGCCCGGGAACUUCCCGGUCGGCUGCAUCCCCAUUUACAAGACGGCUUUCCAAACGAACAAUCCAUCCGCAUACGACAAUAACCGAUGCUUGAAGCACCUAAACGAGUUUGCAGAGUACCACAAUCGGGAGCUUCAGAACGGGAUUAACAAGAUGAUCCAAGAAGAAAAGCCGAAUGCAAUCAUUGUGUACGCCGAUUACUACAGGGCGUACGAGUUCCUCCUUCGUUUCGCAAAGUAUCAUGGAAUGGAUUCGGAGAGGGCGUGCUGUGGGAUUGGGGGAAAGUACAAUUUCAACACGGCCAGAAUGUGUGGGGCCCUCGGAGUUCCGGUUUGUAGGAAGCCUCAUAGGUACGUGAGCUGGGAUGGGAUACACAUGACCCAACAAGGUUACCGGAUUAUGUCGGGCUGGUUGAUGCGCGACUUGCUCCCCAAGCUCCAUUGCCUCGAGCGGCUUCCCUGA